AUAAUAUUGGUGGUCCUAAUUAAUUAUUUAUUCUGUCUGAUGUCAAUGGUCAACCUGAUUAUGCACAGGAAUUAACACAAUAUUCAGUAUUGGGUGUGUCUCCUGAGUAUUCGUACCGCCACCGACGCCUGCCGUUAAGAUGGCAUACAGAGUGCUUAUGUGCUCCGUAAGGAGGAAAUAUAGUAGUGUUUCGAAACUGCCUGAUUGCAGUUUUACACCAAAUAAAUAUUCGGGACCAUCGUUUAAAGAUACAGAUCAAAUAAAAUCUAAUCACAUAGCUCCAGCAGUGUACAAUAUUUAUAAGAAGCCUAUCCUUCUACAUCAAGGGCACAUGCAAUGGCUCUACGAUGCAAAUGGACAAAGAUUCCUUGAUUUAUUUGGAGGAAUAGUUACUGUUUCUGUUGGGCACUGUCAUCCAAAAGUUGUUUCGGCACUAAACGAACAAUCCAAUUUAUUGUGGCAUACGACAAAUAUAUACAGACAUCCUAAAAUAUACGAAUAUGUCGAGAAAUUGACCUCUAAAAUGCCCGGUGAUUUAAAGGUUGUAUACUUAGUAAAUAGCGGCAGCGAAGCAAAUGACCUAGCCUGUUUAUUGGCCAAAGCGUAUACUGGGAACCAUGAAAUUAUUUCCCUACAAGGAAGUUAUCAUGGUUAUUCCAGCUCCUUGAUGGGUCUUACAGCUUCUCAGUGCUAUCGUAUGCCAAUGCCCGUACCGGCUGGAUUUCUUCAUGCUUGUCUACCAGAUCCUAUGAGAGGAAUUUUUGGAGGUUGCAGGGACUCAUUGUCCCAAGUACCAGGAUCCUGUGAAUGCCCUGAAGACUGUGUAUCUUCAGACAAAUACAUCGAGCUACUGGACGACCUACUACAAAAUUCAAUUCCCGCCGGAAAGGUAGCAGCGUUUUUUGCAGAGUCAAUUCAAGGAGUCAAUGGGGCAGUGCAAUUUCCAAAGGGUUAUUUAAAAAAAGCUCAAGCGUUGAUAAAGAAAAAUGGAGGCAUUUAUGUUGCAGAUGAGGUACAAACAGGAUUUGGUCGUACCGGUGAUCAUUUCUGGGGCUUUGAAGGACAUGGUGUUAUCCCAGAUAUUGUGACGAUGGCUAAAGGUAUCGGAAACGGAUUCCCUCUAGCAGCAGUUGUAACAACGAAGGAAAUUGCAGACGCUCAUAUGCGAGCCACAUAUUUCAAUACGUUUGGGGGCAAUCCUUUGGCAUCAGCUGUGGGGAAGGCCGUAUUAGAAGUAAUAGAGGAAGAAAAACUUCAAGAAAACAGCAAACAUAUGGGUGAAUACUUUGUGCAGCAACUGAAGCAGUUGCAAUCCACACACUCAUUUAUUGGAGAUGUUCGUGGCAAAGGGCUUAUGCUUGGCAUAGAAUUUGUAGUUCCCGGAACAAAGACUCCGCUUUCGGUUGCUGAUGUAUCUGAGAUACAUGAGCUAAUAAAGGACAUGGGAAUUCUUAUAGGUCGUGGCGGCAAGAGAAACAAUGUGCUGCGUAUCAAGCCACCGAUGUGCAUAUGUAAAGAGGACUUUGAAUCAAAAGUUUUAAGAUGCGAAGAAACCAAGGAACCUAUUGUUGAAUAUGGCAAAGUAUCACCCUUUGAAGGAUUCCAAGUAGUUCUUGAGAACACAAUACUUUUCCCCGCCGGCGGGGGACAGCCUCAUGACACAGGCUACUUGAACGAUGAGCCGGUGCUGCAGGUCCUCCGUAAAGGGUCUGAGGCUCUACACUUCGUGAAGGUGCCCCUGGAAGUUGGCUCCGUGGUGUCACAAACAAUCAACUGGGAGAGGAGAUUCGACCACAUGCAGCAGCAUUCAGGUCAGCAUCUGCUCUCAGCAAUAUUGGAGAAUGAAUACAACCUGCCAACGACAAGCUGGUGGCUCGGUGCUGAUGAGUCCUUUGUGGAGCUGGACUCCGUGAAGGUGGCUGAUGAUGUGGUCCAGAGGGUUGAGGACAGAUGCAAUGACCUCAUCCGGCAAGCUCUGCCUGUCACUGUCAAGUUCUGUAAGGCUGAUGAUCCAGAUUUGAAUGAGGCCCACACUAGAGGAUUGCCAAAGGAUUGUACAGAAAUAUUAAGAGUGAUCAAUAUAAAAGGCGUUGAUGAGAAUAUGUGUUGUGGCACACAUGUUUCAAAUCUGAGCCAGUUACAAGUAAUAAAGUUAUUAGGAGCAGAGCCUGGCAAGAAAGGUAAAACCAACCUCAGGUUUCUCGUAGGAAACAGAGUGACAAAGACACUGCAAACAAUGUUGGAAAGAGAAAAGGCAUUGACUGGUUUACUGAAAAAUGAGCCAAGUAAACAUGAAGACCUUGUUCAAAAACUACAGAAGAACCUUAAAUUAACCAAUAAAAACUUACAAAACACCCUGAAUGAGUUGGCACAGUAUGAAAUAGAGAAGAUAAAAAACAUGGCUGAAAAACCAAAAUAUGUGUUCAUGUUUAAAAAAGAAGCUACACCAGACUUCAACAGGGCGAUAUGUAAAGGUCUAGAUGGAGAGGGAAUCUUCCUAUUCCUGGCUUCAGAGGAACAAGACAAGCCUAAAGAAGGUCAGAUUAUCAUUCAAGGGCCAGAGGCACACUGCAAUGCUUUAGGAAGCCAGAUUACAGAAGUAUUAAAAGGAAAAGGUGCAUUCAAAAAUGGGAAAUUCCAAGGAAAAGCUGGAGAUUUGAGUGGUAUCAAUAAAUGCAAGAAGCUGAUUGAAGACUACUUCAAUAAUUUGCAAUAAAAACAUCUUCAGUUAUAUUUCUUUGCUUCUACAAAUAAGUUAUUUAUAGUUACAGAUUUUAUUAUAGGGCAUUAGAACCUUGGCAUUUUUUUUUGUAAUAUAUUUUGUUACCAUCUUGCUUCUUUUGCAAUAUGUGCAAUAUUGCACUUGUUUGAAUUGUGGUGCUGUGUGAUAAUGAUAUUCAUAAAAACCAGUUUUGUAUUUGUUAAAUAAGUCUGUAAUUUAUAGAUAGGUACACAUACAAGUAAUCUAUAGUGAUUAUUAACAUAAACAUAAAUAAUCAAUGAUAUACUUAAAUCACAACAAAAAAAAUGAUAUUUGUUUAUUCUAGAACAAAACAAGUUAUAUUUUGAGUUCAUAGAAUAGUUUUAAAAAUGCACUUUGGUUCAUGAAUAUAUUAAUUACAUUCA